GUAAAUACACGUCACACCUGAGACAAUGACACGCCCACGACCGAAACUAUGAGCAAGGUGUGGUCAUGACAUUUUUGUCCGCGUAGAACAGCGUAGGUCGGUCAGGACAGCAGACGCGUACCAGUCAAGUUAUCAGAAAAAACAACCCAAAUGGCGUACGGACACUCUCCCAAGUACUACUGCGUGGUGGAUUUUGAGGCGACAUGUAUCAAGCCGCGUCGUGCAGACUUCCGCACCGAAAUCAUCGAGUUUGGCGCCGUCAUCGUGGAUGGAAGUAACUUCCAAAUGGUUGACGAGUUCCAUGAGUUCUGCAGGCCAGUGGAGAACCCUGUUCUGCACCAGUUCUGUAAGGAACUCACCGGGAUACAGCAGGACACAGUGGAUUCUGCUGAUCCUUUCCCGGUGGUGUUUGACCGCUUCCAGAAAUGGCUGUCAAACAGAGGCCUUACAGACUCCAACUUCGCAAUGGUGACAGAUGGCAUCUUCGACUGUAACCAGAUCAUGCGGUCCCAGUGCGAGGUGUCCCGGAUGUCGUUCCCAAGCUUUGCCCGGAGAUUCUCCAACAUCAAGCUUCACUACAUGCAGAUCAUGGGGAUCCGUCUGCGGCGCGGCCAGCCGACCCCCCGGAUCCCGGACAUGCUGAGGGCACUCGGCAUCAGUCAGGAGGGACAGCUCCACAGCGCCAUCAGCGAUGCGCGCAACAUCUGCCGCAUCAUGGAGGCCCUGUCGCGCAGACUCCGCGCCAAUGGGCGACCUGCCGUGUUCCCCAACAACGAAACUCUGAAGGCCAACUGGGUCGUGAAUCAUCCCUCCGACUAGCUAGCUGUUCCCACGGAACGAAAAUGGGCAACGACAGCAUCAACAUUUCGUAGAUUAUAGCACAAUAGACCCUGGCUAGCCUUGGUUUAACUGUACACAUUUGAUGUUUGCAUUGAGGUGUAUCUUUUAUUCUCUGUCUGUAAGUAUAUAGCACUACUCACGGAAUAAAAUGUACAAUAUUUUGUACAUGUAUAACAUUUUUUCACAUGUGUAGUCCUGCUGAACACUAUAUAUUUCGCUGCCGUGGCUUUGAAUCAACUAUGACAAUGAUAUGCAAUUCCCGAUAUCUUGUGAGAUCUAUGUUGAUCUUCUUCGUCCUUUGCAAUAUUUGAUGAAAUAAAAGAAAGUAUAUACGUUCA